AUGUCUCUCCGAGAUGCUACCAGAGCCCCUUAUCAGCCAAGGACAAUAGUCGAGCCAUUGACUAUACCUCUGCCUCAUGCCGCCGAAGAUGCGUCGUUGGCUGUCGAGCCAGAUUCUGCGGACUCCUCGAUCAUGCUCUUGUGGCGAAACUCCUUCCGACUUUCAGCAAUGCAUCUGACUCUAUCAGAUGAUUCUGAUGGGUUCACUGGGUUCACGGCCACGUCGCUGUGGUCUUUCACCAUCGAUCGAUCACAAUAUAUAUCUGCGGCCACAAUCGAUGCGACAUCCCGGAUGGCUUACUGGCUACAGCAUGAGGUCGCUGUAGCUCGACAAGCUUGUAACGAAGGAUCAUCAUCCAUCACAGCGAUGUCACUGAACAUCGAGGCUGAAGAAGAGUCGCCGAGUUUGCUGAUCUACGAGGGAGUGGUUGGGGAUGUCACAACCCAUUGCGAGUUCAUUGCAGUAGACUCUCUACGACGACGACUUAUUCUUGCACCUCGCGUCGCUAAACGAGGACUUCUCAUUCAAUCAGCCGUCCACACGGCCUUGAAUGGUGAUAUCACGUGGAGGGGCAACCCGUCCGCCUGGACCUUGCCGGAGAUCGUGAAUAGCGGUGUCGGAGCUGGACAAAGCAACUUCAUGGGAUUGAUCUAUGGUAUGCAAUUGUUCCUAACACCAUCGUUGACCCGAUACCGGAAUUGCCCUGUGCCCUGUGAAGCUCAGCAACUCCCUACUGGAUUCAUUUUCGAAGUGGAUGACAUAACUCCGAUGUUUAACGCCGUUCCUUCAGGCACUCUCACUGCCCUAGUGCGCGGCUAUGGGGUUCGCCAGUUCCCUACCAUGUUUGCUUAUUGCGUAUCGGGUGAUCAGACCCUUGCAUCACAUCCAUCCAGUAACAAGGAUCAGUGGAUCAUUUAUCGCAUUGCAUCACGCGACUUGGAGGCCAUCCAAUUGCUGGAACCAUACUCCACCGAGCUGCCUGAGAGCCAAGCAUGGCAGUUAGAGAUAUACACCUUUUCGAAGGAGGCUGCGUCUGUUUGCGACCAUUCUGCACGAGCUUGCCUCGAUCAAGUCGUCACAAUUUCAGCUGCACGGAUGAUGGUAGAGGAGGCCAUUGGGAACGACUUGGAACUGCUGGAUGCAGGAAACCCCAUGUAA